AUGUCCACACGUAGAAAAGAAGAGGAAAACAGAUCAAUACAAGCAUAUCCGUUCGAUUCUAAUAAAAAAUUUGUAGCAUCAUCAUCGAUUGGAGGAGAAACAUCUAAGAGUCAAUAUUCAUCGGAAUAUCAAGAUUUGUCCAGCAUGUAUACAAAUGCUGGCAAUAGUAAUAGUGACUAUAAUAUGGCUUAUUCAACGAGCGGAUACGAAGGUGACUAUAACAUGACAUUUUCAUUGUCAGCAGUUAGAACAAAAGGAAUCGGUCAAGGAAUAACUAAUAGGAACGUUAACAACAGUAAAGAUUUACAAUAUUAUUUGACAACACGUGUUCAAGGUAGUUCUUCCGAAUAUGAUUAUGCAUCGUAUCAAUCAGAAGGUGACUAUUUUGAAAAUAUCUCUUGUCAAACAGAAGGAUGA